UAUUAUUAUUAUUAUUAUUAUUAUUAUUAUUAUUAUUAUUAUUAUUAUUAUUAUUAUUAUUAUUAUUAUUAUUAUUAUUAUUAUUAUUAUUAUUAUUAUUAUUAUUAUUAUUAUUAUUAUUAUUAUUAUUAUUAUAUUCAAGUUUAACGUCCAUACCGAGCCUUCCGGCUAUGACAGACCCGUCUCUUGGGCGAAAGCCCCUAUCAGUAUCUAAAUUCUUCUUUGAUCAAUGUGUGCCUUUUCCUCGCCCCAGGCUGCCUAAAUGCGCAGGGCUUUUGGGCCCUAGAAGCCCUCCUUGGUGUCGCUGUCAGUUUGGGUGUCACCUACCUGCUGCAGGCCACCCUCCCCUUCUAUCCCUCCCCCUCUCGAUCCGCCUCUUCUAG